GCGAAGCCUUGACCUUCUUCUCUGCCUUUCAGUUCUACUUCUCUCAUCUCUCGCUACUGUCAUACAACGAUAUGGCUGGAGACAAAGACACCCUCAUCUCUAUGGGCUUCGACGCCGCCCGGGUGGACUGGGCGCUCAAAGCCACCGGAAAUGCUGGUCUGCAGCCCGCGAUGGACCAUAUCCUCGCACAUGAGGGCGAGCCUGUUCCGGAUCUGGGUGCUGUGAAGGAGCAGGCGUCCUCUCGCCCGAGCGACGCGAUGGACGUCGAUGAAGACGACGCGGAUGCGCUGAGGGCGGCGGGGAUUAACGUGGACACAGCCGAGGCGAAGAGCAUCAAGUGCUCGCUUUGCGGCAAGAUCUUCAAGAACACGGCACUUGCAAACUAUCAUGCGGAGAAGAGUGGACACGACCAGUUUGAGGAGUCGACGGAGGAGGUUAAGCCUUUGACGGAAGAAGAGAAGGCGCAACGUCUUCAGGAGUUGCGAGAGAAGAUGGCCGCGAAACGGGCUGUGAAGGCGAAGGAACAAGAGAAAGAAGAUAGGGCGAACGAUGCUAUCCGUCGAAAGGCAGGCAAGGACCUCAACAAGAUUCGAGAAGAGCUCAAGGUGAAGGAGGCGCAGAAGGAAGCGGAGGCGAAGCGUCGAGAGAAGAUUGAGGACCAGAAAGCUCGUGCCGCCAUCAAGGCCCAAAUCGAAGCCGACAAGAAGGCGCGCGCCGAGAAGGCCGCUCGCGAGAAAGCCCUGCGUGAGGGCAGGCCCAUCGUCGAUACCCCCGCUGGACCUUCCGCCCCUACCGCUGCCGCGAAGCCCGCGCAAGCUGGCGUGGCCGGCAAGGAUUACAAGGAGACGAGGCUGCAGAUCCGAAUGUCGACGGGUGGGCAGUAUACGACGACGCUGCCGAGUGAUUCGCCUUUGCGCGCGGUGGCGGAGUUCCUUGCGGCGCAGACUCUCGACGUGCAUGUCGAUACGGUGACGUUCACACAGACAUUCCCGAGGAAACAAUUCAGUGCAGCGGAUAUGUCGAAGUCGUUGCGGGACCUCGGCUUGACGCCUUCCGCGGUUCUCAUCGCCAUUCCAUGAGCAACAAAACAAUGUAUAAUACUGUAUACUACGUAGUUUCUGCUGACAUCUUCAACAUGAUAUCUUGAGGACUCCA